UUAAAACUUGCUCGUGACAAUAUCUUUUUGAGGUUAUUUUAAAUCCGCUGUAUAUUUUAUCAAUUUUUAUCAGUUCGCUUGGUAUCUUCAUGGCACUCGCUUCUAAAGGUAUUUUUGUGGUUGGCGCGAAAAGAACGCCAUUUUGCAAAUAUGGCGGUUCUCUCCGAGAGUUGCCAGCAUCACAAGCAUUUGCAGCCGCGGCAAAAGAUGCUUUAAAUUCUGGAAAUCUAAAUCCAACCUUAGUUGACAGUACGGUUGUUGGAAAUGUUAAUUUUCUGAGUCAAUGCGAUGGCGGUAAAACUCCGAGAUACUGUGGUAUUUAUGCCGGAGUUUCUAUUGACAAGCCAGCAUUGGGAGUAAAUAAGGCUUGUGGUUCGGGCUUACAAGCACUUCUCACUGGUGUUACGGAGAUCUUAACAGGUUCUGCUGACGUAUGUCUAACAGGAGGAACGGAACUUAUGUCUUCACUCCCUAUAUUGGUACGCAACGUUCGAUUUGGCACAACUCUCGGCUCAACAUAUCACUUUGAAGAUCAUAUAAAAAAACGUUUUCUAGAUAGUUAUACAGGACUGAGCUUAGAAAAGAUGGCAGAAAAUAUUGCCGUAAAAUACAAUAUAAGUAGAGAGAUGUCAGAUGAUUUUGCGCUUAAGAGCUAUUUGAAGUGGAAGGCAGGUCAAGAAUCAAAACAUUUUAACGACGAACUUACCAGUUUGAAAGUAAUAUUAAGAAAAAAGGAGGUUUUGGUUGACAGGGAUGAACUCACUGAAGUCAACAUAACUUCAGAUAAUAUGGCUAAAUCACUGCCGUUGCUCGAAGACGGAGCGGUGGUGACAUCUUUAAACUCAUCGGUCCCUGCAGACGGAGCCGCAGCUCUCGUUCUGGCCAAUGAAGCUACAAUCAAGCGUAACAACUUGAUUCCUCUGGCGAGAGUGUCGGGCUGGGCUACUGUUGGGGUUGACCCUCUUGAGACUGGACUGGCGGCUGUACCGGCUGUGAAGAAAUUAUUACAAGUUACUGACACGGAUAUUGAUAGUGUCGAUUUAUUUGAGGUAAAUGAGACGUUUGCUGCUCAAGUUUUGGCUACUGUUACAGAGCUAAAAAUAGACGAUAGCAAAGUCAACGUAAAUGGCGGAGCCCUUGUGUUAGGGAACCCCGUUGCCGCAACAGGCGCUCGAAUGGCUGUUCAUCUUGUUCACCAUCUUAAUCAUAUUAAAGCGAAGCGGGCAAUCGCUGUCUCCAGCUGUGGGGGUGGACAAGGAGUGGCGGUUAUGUUUGAAGCUAUCUAAGGACUUUUUAAAUGAUGUAGCGU